AUGGGCCUCUUGUCGCUCGGGACGCCCUUAGAGUGGGCAGAAGCAACAAAGCUCGCCGCGCAUAUCCGGAAGCAUGGGAUUGAUCAGUUUCUCUCCGUGUGGCGCGCUGCCAAGGACCGCAGCGGCGACCCGGUCCUCUGGGGCGACGAGCUUGAGUACAUGGUCGUCGUCUUUGAUCCCGUGCAGCAUACUGCGCGACUCUCGCUGCGCCAAGGGGAGAUUCUGCGUGUGCUGCAGAGUGCACACAGCCCCUUGUUUGCGGCGCUGCCCGCGGCACAGCGCCCGACAUUCCACCCCGAGUAUGGGCGUUACAUGAUUGAAAGCACGCCCGGCGAGCCCUUUAGUGCGAGUGCGGACGAUCUGCUGCGUGUCGAGCUGGAUAUGCUGCGCAGGCGCUGCUUUGCAAAGCAGCACUUGAGGGAGCACGAGGUGCCGAUGACGGUCACAUCCUUCCCGCGUCUCGGCGCCACCGAUGCGCCCUUCACGGACCCGGCGCUGACCGCCGGUGGCGAUGCAGCACGCUCUCUUUUUCUUCCCGACGACUUAAUCAACCAGCAUGUCCGAUUUCCCACGCUCACCGCCAACAUCCGGAAGCGCCGCGGUACCAAGGUGCGGAUCAAUGUGCCCAUUUUCCACGACACACACACGCCGCGGCCGUUUGUAGACCCGACCAUUCCGCACGCGCGAAACACUUUUCCCGAGGAUUCAGAGGCAGCGCUCGGUGCAGCGCUACCGGAUCAUAUUUACAUGGAUGCGAUGGGCUUCGGCAUGGGCUGCAACUGCUUGCAGGUCACGUUUCAAGCGGCAAACGCGACAGAAGCGCGGCGUGUAUACGACCAGUGCACGCCUCUUACACCCUUGUUCCUUGCCAUCACUGCCGCUGCGCCCAUCUACCGAGGCUAUGUAGCCGAUGUCGACGCGCGGUGGAACGUGAUCUCUGCUUCUGUUGACGACCGCACGAAUGCGGAGCGCGGCACGGCGCCGCUGCGUGACGAGCCGAAGCACAAUGCCGAUACGGCGCCGCGGCGGCUGCGCAAGUCGCGCUACGACUCGGUAGACUCCUACCUGUACCCGGGCGCACCCCCCGAGGACAAUGAUAUGCCCCUCGAGAUGGAUCUUUCUGUGCGCGACAAGCUCCUCGCGGCAGGCAUCGAUCCACUACUUGCAGAGCAUCUUGCCCACCUAUUUGUGCGCGAUCCCCUUGUUAUUUUUUCGGAGCUUGUAGACGUGGACAAUACCACGUCGAUGGACCAUUUCGAAAAUAUCCAAUCGACCAACUGGCAAACGAUGCGCUUCAAACCGCCGCCGCUCGGUGGGCACAUUGGAUGGCGCGUCGAGUUCCGCCCCAUGGAGGUGCAACUGACCGACUUUGAGAAUGCUGCGUUUAGUAUCUUUGUCGUGCUUCUCUCCCGCGUCAUGCUCCAUUUCAACACGGAUUUCUACAUGCCACUCUCUUUGGUAGACGAGAACAUGCAGCGCGCACAGCAGCGCGAUGCAAUCCAUACCCAGCGUUUCUACUUUCGUAGGCACUGGGCCCCGGAUGCGGAAAGUACUGAGCGCAUCGGCGAGUACACACUCGCCGAGCUGUUCUGGGGCAGAGAUGCGGCCAUGCCGGGGCUCAUUCCCCUUGUGCGCCGCUACCUGGACGAGCUUGCGCUUGCCCCGGAACAGCGGGCAGAGCUGGACCGGUACAUUGCAUUCAUCGGCGAGCGUGCGAACGGGACGCUGAUGACGACGGCGACGUGGAUGCGCCGCUUUGUUCAUUCGCAUCCCCAGUACAAGCACGACUCUGUGGUGAGCGAAAAGAUUAACUACGACAUGCUCUGUACAUUGAACAAAAUCGAGCGUGGCGAGCUAGCUGUCCCAGACUUCCUUCCGCCCUGGUAUGCCGAACGCCACCGCACCAUGGAGCGUACGCUUGGCGUACCUAGCUUGUGA